ACAGGUUGUUGUAGUGACUUGCUCAUAGAGAUUUAGGUGGAGUUUUCUUUAGGGUCUGCUUGGAGCAUAAAGCUGCUUUCUCCUCUCUGCUUUCCUUUCUUUCUUUUUCCCUACAGAUCUAUCUCUUUUCCAUUCACACACAUUUUAUUUACCCCAGUCUGUUUUUUUUCCUCAGGCUACCAAAGCCAUUGCAGAAAGAUCUUUUUGCUUAGCAUUUAAAGUGACUGGAAAAGACCCAACAGCAAGAUGGUUCAGUAUGGUCUGGAUUAUACCCGCUGCAGGUGGAUCUUGCCUCUUCUGCUGGGCUUAGCAAUGAUCUUUGGCAUCAUUUCACUAGCUGGUUGGGGCUGGAUAACCUCACAAAGUGGUCCAUUUGUGAGUGAAGGCUCAUUAUGGAGGUUAUGCUCUUUAGAAGAUGAUUGGCGAUGUACAUCUCUCAUGGAUUUUGCUUGGGGUAGAGGUGCAGCUGGUACCUUCUUAGUUGGAUUUGUACUCAUCUGCAUCUGCUUUGCCUUGUCCAUCAUUGCCUUUGCCAUCCCGACACUUCGCUUCAACUUCAUUAGAGGCAUAGGAGGCUUGUGUUUUGUUGCUGCCAUAUUCUCAUUAAUGGGCCUUGUCAUCUAUGCUGUAAUGAUUUCAACACGUGUGGUCUUCCCAGUAAAUACCGUACAUGUAUUUGAUUGGAGCUAUGGAUUUGGGUGGACCAUGUGCAUCAUGGCAAUAGGUCUUGGAUUCUUCUUUUGUUGUCUCCCCCUCUAUGAAGAUCAUAUUUUGGGAAAUGUCAAACCUGAAUUUUAUUAAAAUCUCCUAGAAAAAGCAGCAGGGUCAUCAUAGGGAGUCCCUGGUCCAAAGAAGUAUACAGACAUACCUACAGUAUCAGCUCAAGUCCAAUAUGCAAGAAUUAGAAUAAUAGAGGUUUAGCAGCUCAAAAAAAAAAAUAUGAAUGAGAAUUGCUCUCAAUUCUUGUUAAAGUGAAUUUAUUUUUUGAAACAACUUUUUUUAACCGUGAGUUUUUAUAGGCAAAUAAUAACUGAACUGCCUUAAUUAAACAUUCACUGAUUUACAGUGUUUGUUUAUAAUCAGUAUUGACUUCCUCCUGUGAUCUCCAGGAACUUCUAUAUUACUCUGCAGGCUGGUCCCAAUCUUUUGGAGGCACACUUUUAGGGAAGUGGUUCAAAAGCCUGCAGGGGGUAAGAUGAAUUAAUGCCAACUGCUUCAUUCCUUAGUGUGAGAGAAAUCUUGCUAAAGCCUGUUUAUAUUCAAUCCUCUAGAUAGAUAUACUUUCAGAAAACAAUUUUUUUUUAAAAAAAGACCCUUCUUGAUUGCAUUAUUGCUAAUAGGUAUUAAGCUUGUCUUCUCCAACCUGUUAACUGCAGAGGUAUUGGGAUUGCAUCUCUCAGAAUUGGAUGUUUAAUUAUGGUGACUGAAAGUUUUUGGAAUCUGUGUUGUUCUAAUGAAACAUCAGUAUUGAAG